UUGAACAAAAACAGACAAAAGAUCUUAUCUUAAAACAAAAAAAUUAAACACGUAACCGGGUCGGGUCUUGCAUAUUAUAAUUCAUUCUAUCUCCUUGUAUCGACUUUCGUUCCAACACGAAGAAGCCAAAUAAAAUUUUCAAUUACAAUCCUCGCCAUGACUGUGCUAUCAUCUGCAGAUCGAGAAAUCACAGAGAAGAAGGUGAAGAGUUCAUAUUUUAAUUUACCUUCUAUGGACAUAUCUGUAGCAUUUCCUCAAGCAACUCCAGCCUCGACAUUUCCACCGUGCACUUCAGACUAUUAUCAUUUCAAUGAUCUAUUGACUCCGGAGGAACAGGCCGUACGGAAGAGAGUGAGGGAGUGCAUGGAGAAAGAAGUUGCCCCGAUCAUGGCAGAGUACUGGGAAAAGGCAGAAUUUCCGUUCCAUAUCGUUCCAAAGCUUGGGGCUAUUGGUGUUGCUGGUGGCUCGAUCAAGGGUUAUGGCUGUCCUGGCCUCUCCAUCACCGCUAAUGCAAUUGCAACAGCAGAAAUAGCUAGAGUUGAUGCAAGCUGUUCGACUUUCAUUUUGGUGCAUUCUUCUUUGGGCAUGCUUACUAUUGCACUCUGUGGAUCAGAAGAACAGAAACAGAAGUAUUUGCCUUCUUUGGCGAAAUUGAAUACUGUGGCUUGUUGGGCGUUGACAGAGCCUGAUAAUGGAAGUGAUGCAAGUGGUCUACGAACAACAGCCAAAAAGGUUGAAGGAGGUUGGAUAAUUGAGGGACAAAAACGUUGGAUCGGAAACAGCACCUUUGCAGAUCUGUUAAUCAUCUUUGCUAGGAAUACGACAACUAACCAGAUCAACGGAUACAUAGUCAAGAAAGAUGCGCCUGGCCUAAAGGCAACAAAGAUGGCGAAUAAAAUAGGCUUACGUAUGGUUCAAAAUGGAGAUAUACUACUACAGAAUGUAUUUGUUCCGGAUGAGGAUCGGUUACCUGGGGUGAAUUCUUUUCAGGAUACCAGCAAGGUCCUUGCUGUUUCACGUGUAAUGGUCGCCUGGCAACCAAUCGGCAUAUCAAUGGGAAUCUACGAUAUGUGUCACAGAUACCUGAAGGAGAGGAAACAGUUUGGAGCACCGUUGGCUGCUUUCCAAAUAAAUCAACAAAAGCUUGUGCAGAUGUUGGGUAAUGUUCAAGCGAUGUUUCUUAUGGGUUGGCGCCUCUGCAAGCUAUAUGAGUCGGGUCAGAUGACUCCAGGUCAGGCCAGUUUAGGAAAGGCAUGGAUUUCAUCGAAGGGAAGGGAAACAGCUUCGCUAGGUCGGGAAUUACUCGGUGGGAAUGGAAUUUUAGCUGAUUUUCUGGUGGCAAAGGCUUUCUGUGACCUUGAACCCAUUUAUACAUACGAAGGGACUUACGAUAUAAACACCUUAGUGACGGCAAGGGAAGUAACGGGAAUCGCGAGUUUCAAACCGGUUUCACGGAGCCGUCUUUAAGGUUAAUUAAGGUUUGUGCAGUGUUUGUUGUUGUCUGUUGGUUACUUUAAUAAUGUAAUGUGGGGCAAAUAAAAUCUAUCUCAAAGGGUCGUGCGCAAACUUUGAUUGCAAUUAUGGAUUCAUGUAACAGGGAAUAGAAUCAUUCCGUAACAUUUUAUUCAAUUCAAAGAAGCAGAAAUAAUAAGUAAAACGUUUGUUGCAUCUC